UUAUGAAUAACCAGCUUGCAGCUUGAAUGGUUUCCUUCUAGAAUGUGAUGGAUUUUUCGAUUUCAUUCUGUAAAAUUUCUGAUUGAUAGAAUCAUUUUUCUAAGACUGUUUAGAAUAAUUUGCGGUUAUAUCUCCAAGAAUAAUUUGUUUUCUCCAACUAGAUAUCAAAUAACAUUAUAGAUAAAUAGUUGUAUAUACUUAUUACUGAAAUUUAUAGUCAAGAAAUUUAGAAUGGAAACUCAUCAAACUAUUGAAUUGCCGCAUGUAGAUGAAUCGAAUGUAAUAAGUGAUUCAGAAAGUCCAAAAACACGAGUUUUACAACUUCUCGAUCAAGUAGAAUCAAUUGUGGAAAAGUUACGUCGUGAUGCAUUAAAAAUGGAAGAAGAUCGUGACAGUGUUUUCACAACAUUGGAUACGAUCAGAAAUUCUGAUAUGUUGGCUGAACUUUCUGAUAACGACCACGAGGACAUCCUGCGAUAUGCUGAAAGGAUUGGAAACAGGUGUAUGACCAUUGAAGUGAAUGUGCGAACAAACAGGGACCAAAUACAGGAAGAGGCGCUGCACCAAGUGAAUCACCUCAUUGACGGACUGGUGGUUGGUCUGAAGGCGGACCCCAGUGGGAUGAAGACCAAAUGCCUGUCCUACAUGUCAGCCUGUACGUCCUACCAGUCUGACGGAAUAACAGACAAAAUGUUCGAGACUGCAAUUCUAGGCUGCACUCUUGAUGACCAGAAACGCAUUAAAAAGCGGCUGAGUGGCCUGCUCGAGUACAUUAAUCGUGGACAUUUUUUCCCAGCGCCUGAAGAUAAAAUGUUUUAAGAAUAUGUUGCUUCCAUGUAAGCUGCUUUCAUGCGAUUAUUCAUUAUUAUAUUCUCUAUGAAUGCAGAGACUGUAAAUUUGAAUGGGGUUCUUUAAGCAUUAUUGAAAAGAAUUCAAAUCUUGUUUUUCAAAUUUGUUUGAUAUCAACUGUAGAUUAUUGAGCAAAUUCUAGGUUGUUUAAAAAAUAUGAUUUCUUGUUCUUCAUCGAUUUUGUUCAUAGUUAAGUUUACUUCGCUUCAAAUGGUGUCUGUAAUUAACCUUAUAUGAUUGUGGCAUUAUUGUAAAAUAUAAGAAAUUUUAUACAAAUUUAGACAUCUUAUUGAAAAACAUAAUAUUUUUAUCAGUUCUUCACUACCAAUUGGAAGAAAUUUGAUAAAAUCGUUUGAUUGAAAUAAAGAAUCUUGUUACUCGAUAAAUUAUUUUUUGGAUAAUUUUUUCCAAACUCUGGAUCUGAUAACUCGAACGCCAAGUUUUAUAGCUUAUCCUUUUCAUUCUUUUCAUAUUCAUAAUUCAUUUUUAUCUAUCUGACAGACGAUUAUGUUGCAUUUAAAUUAAAUUUAUAGCAUUUAUAAUCAACUGAUCUUAAAGUUGUAAUGAAAUACAUGAAAUGUAUUGAAAUUGUUCAAAUAAGACUUGAGUUCUAUAGUUGAAAAUAAUUGGCUAGGGUUGUCUAGCCUUGCUAUUCCUAGCAAGUCUAAAUUCGGUAUGUUGGACAUUAUUUGUUUCGUACCUAUUUUUCUCUACCUUCUCGCUUUCUUUUACUUGAGCCGUUACAUUAAAAUACUUUCCUGAUCAUGUGUUGAGAAAAUAAAUAAUUUUAUCUUGGGGAUUUCCUGCAAUAAUUGUACAUCUCUUUAUAAAUGAGAUCUGUAUUUGUUAUGUCCAUAAACUUAUGAAAGCAUUCGAUUUUUAAAUCUGCCCAUUGCACUUGUCUUGCCAUCUUUCUCCCUCGUACUUAUUAUUGAUAUAUCUAUUUUUAAUUGAUUUGUGUAUAUGAGAAUUUUGAUCUGAAAUGUAAUUCUGUUAGUCGAUUCCCUUUUUGAAGAAGUCCUGGCUUUAUUUUCCAAUAAAAAAUUAUUUAUGCUUUAUUUAAUUCCUGAUCAAUUGAAAAUUCUUUGGUUAGUCGAUAUUUGACUUAUCGAUGUCUCACUUGAAUAGAAUGCAUAAUUACAGUAUGAAUAGAAUUGUUAUCACAAAGUAUUUAUUACUUCCUUAUUCGAAUAUUAUACAUUAACCCAUCCAUUGCAUUCCAAAUAUUCAUAUCAUUUCUUCUUAAAUAGGUUACGGUAGUCAUUCUAAUUGAGUGAUCGGUUAAACGAAUAUACAAAAUUUAAUUGGAGUUUUACUUGGAAAUGACAGAUAUUUGUUAAAUAGUAAUGUACUGUUUUAGUAUUAUGUGUGAAAAUGUACAUUUAUUAUUACGAGAAUAAGUCUGAAAAUGAUGAUACAGAGGAUUGAUGUUGUAGUUAAUGUAGAUUUUAAUAUUGUCUCAAACUGAUUCUACUAUUAGAUGUGUUAAUUGAUUACAGUAUAAAAUUUAAUGGUUUUCCUUCAAAGGAAAGUAAUUUGAAUGAUCGUAAGUCUUAGAAAUAUCUGAAAAUUUCCCAUUACU